AUGCAGCCAAAGUUACCCGCGGUGCACAGCCUCAUGGAUUUCAAUAGUCUGAUGGAGUCCUUCGAGGAAAAUGAGAAUGGGGACUUCAAGUUCAAAUGCACCAAGUUUUUGCUGGUCGACAAAGAUGAGCACACAGCCUGGAUUGGUAGUAUCGAGAUUCCCAAAAAGCAAGUCAGUUUGGAACAAGCUAUCAGCUGUCUUCGCCGUGUUCCAGACACCGAAAUCUACCCCCCCUCGUUACCAGAUGCAGAUGCAGUUGACGCUUCAAACUUCACUCUUGCCGAUGAUAUUUGGCUCAAACGACCUAAUAUCGCUGUCUACAACCAGGUAGCAGGUACCAGCGUGAUUGCCGACGAGUUUCUCGAAGAAAUCGCAGUAUAUCAACGCAUUCAACAAAAUCCGCACCCCAAUCUGGUCGAGUUCAAGGGUUGCUUGCAGAAGAACGGACGCAUUGUUGGGGUUCUGCUGAGGCGCUACUCAAUGACUCUUUCAACACGAGUGGAGGGUUAUGGUCAUGCUCCUGUCCCCAUAGCUUUGUUGCUUGAAGGCAUCCGGGCUGGUGUGAAACAUCUACAUCAUCUCGGCUUUGCCCACAACGAUCUGAACCCCGAGAACAUCGUGCUUGAUGAACAGGACAGACCUGUCAUCAUUGAUAUGGGCUCUGCCAAACUAUUUGGGUCGGAGCUAUCUCAAAUGGGUACACCUGACUGGAAUGAUGGGUUUUUGGAAGUGUCAAGCAAGGUUAAUGACGAGAUUGGGCUGCAAAAGAUUGAGGAGUGGCUUCUGAGUUGCAAAGGGAAGAUAGCCUGA